AUUUGUCCUUCAUGCGGCAGUUCGACGAGAACAAUUUCCUCCGACUUCCACUCCGUCUGUUUGUGACAGUUGAAUCGACGGCUAUGAUGAAGUUGGCUUGUUUGGCUAUCACAGGCGGGCUUUAACGACUCGCGGGAUUGUGAAAGGAAAGCGGGCGGGCGGAUAAGAAGCCCUUUAAAAAGGCAUAAGAAUACGAAGAAGAAUGCCUGUCAGCGUCGGCGGGGGUGAUGGACGGCCACUUGGGAGCCUCUUCCUCCCGCUCGCAGCCUCGGUCUUCUUCUUGUGGCUGGUCGGAGUCGCUGCUAUCCCAGAAGAAGCAAACGCCGACAAGGAACAGCCCCCCGUCGAGAAAGCACCCACAGCCCCGUCCUCGCUGCUCGUGGUGAAGGAAGAUGACUCCACCAAAGGAAACGUGGGAUUCAUCCACGCCUUCGUCGCCUCCAUCUCUGUCAUCAUCGUGUCCGAGCUGGGCGACAAAACCUUCUUCAUCGCGGCCAUCAUGGCCAUGCGGUACAACCGGCUCACCGUCCUGGCCGGCGCCAUGCUGGCCCUGGGGCUCAUGACAUGCUUGUCGGUGCUGUUCGGCUACGCCACCACCAUCAUCCCCAGAAUUUACACCUAUUACGUGUCCACCGGGCUUUUCGCCAUCUUUGGCGUGCGCAUGCUGCGCGAGGGCCUGAAGAUGAGUCCCGACGAGGGCCAGGAGGAGCUGGAGGAGGUGCAGGCCGAGAUCAAGAAGAAGGAUGAAGAGUUACAACGUUCCAAAAUGGCCAACGGCGUGCCAGACCUCGAGGCGGGAUCCACUUCGUUAUCACCGCCGUCGUCAUCCAGAUGGAAGAGCAUCAUCUCGCCCAUCUUCAUCCAAGCGCUCACCCUCACCUUCCUCGCCGAGUGGGGCGACCGCUCCCAGCUCACCACCAUCAUCCUGGCUGCCCGUGAGGAUCCAUUUGGUGUUGCUGUGGGCGGCACGCUGGGACACUGCCUCUGCACGGGCCUGGCUGUGAUCGGAGGCCGGAUGAUUGCCCAGAAAAUAUCCGUCAGAACCGUCACAAUCAUCGGUGGAAUCGUCUUCCUGGCGUUUGCGCUCUCCGCCCUCUUCAUCAAGCCCGAUGCUGGACUGUAAGAGGGCCGUUGAAGGACUGUUUUGAGUGUACAUAUACCGUAUUUGGUAGUCGCUGUAAAGGAUUGUUCCAUGUUAACUGCAUUUCGGUAAGGCCAGAGUCUCCUCCACUGCAGCCCGUCUAGCUCUGAGGCAUUAUGGGAGGUGUAGUUUGAAGAAGAUGGAACUUUUGAACUUGAAGAUACACAGUCAUUUCUUCACAACAUUUUAUUUUGAAAUGAUUUUUUUUAAAAAACGUGUUACUCAACAUGCGGCAUGUCAGUCGCUUCUUUGGUGAUCUUUUAAUUCAGGACUACAUGUAAUUGAUUUCCUUUAUUGAUAGUGUUUUGUUAUUUUUUUUUUUUUUUCCUGAUCUAUUGGGGUCAAAAUCUUUUAUGGUUGCUAUCACUCCGCAAUGUCUUCUCUCCGCAAUCUAUUUAUUUAGUUUUAUGUUCCAUUCAAGAGGUGUUCCAGAAAUAGAUGGCCAGGAAUUAUUUUUGUAAAUGUUUUGACACGUCUGCUGUGAACUAUGUAAUAGCUGCAAUAAAUGAAGCAUUCGUUCGAAUGCCUUUUAAAAUCAAAUUCCCUAUUAAAAAAAAACAAUAAUAAUAAAAUUUCA